AUGGUGUCCAUCGCAUUGCGGCAUGCCGGUAGACGAUGCGGAUUGACAUCAGCCCCCAGGAGGGCAACGCUGCCUGCGCCCGGGAGGCUACGUGAGAACGGCGUCUCUUCAUCGCCAUGGCGUUCAAUGAGCAGUUCUACUUGGAGACCGGUCUCUGUCCUAGACGAAUGGGUCGUGAGAGAGGCCCGCCCGAUCAGCUUGCGCCAGCUCAUGGUCUUUGGCCGCUCCCUUACCGAAUCGCGACUCUUGAGCUCUGCCAACUAUGUUCGAACUGAACUGCCAACUCGAAUAGCACAUCGCAUUCGAGACAUGCAACAACUGCCCUACGUCGUUGUCACGAACCCCCAUAUCAAAGAAGUCUACGAAUUAUACAAUAAUGCGUUCGACACCUUUCGCAAGAUCAAGGAGAUCAAGACCCUCGAGGACAAUGAAAAAUUCUGCCAAAUCAUCAGCGGAAUGCUCAAGGCGCACCUCACCGUCAUACCAAAGCUCUCCAUGGGCAUCUUGGAAAGCAGAGGCAGCAUGGACGCCAAGGACCUUGACAAAUUCAUGAAUACCGUUUUGCGAUCUAGAAUAUCAAGGAGAGUCAUCGCGGAGCAGCACCUCGCCCUUACAGAAACCUACCACUCCCCCUGGUUCUCCCCCGGCGCAAAGCUCUCCGAGUCCGAGUUCAUCGGCGAGGUCUUCAUAAAGUGCAUCGCAAAGGACGUCAUCGAGCGCUGCACCCGCGCCGUCCAGAGCCUCGCCCGCUCCACCUAUGGCCACGACGUCCAGGUCCCCGAGAUCAAGGUCGAGGGACACCUCGAGUCCAGCUUCCCCUACAUCCUCAGCCACCUCGAGUACAUCAUCGGCGAGCUCCUCCGCAACUCCGUCCAGGCCGUCAUAGAGCGAAGGCAACGGAGCAGCAAAGACAACAGCAACAACAAAACCAAAGACGCAGACGAUAAACCACCGCCGCCCAUCGAAGUCACCAUCUGCGAGGCGCAGCAGCACGUCAUCAUCCGCAUCUCGGACCAAGGAGGCGGCAUCCCGCGCGAAGAGCUCCCCUACCUCUGGUCCUUCUCAAAGGGCCCCCAGAGCCAGCGCCGCCUCGAGAACCUAGGCCGCGUGCCCAAAUUGGCCGCCACCAUGCAGGAGCUCCACGUCUCGGACGAGCUGGGCCGCGCCGACAUGAAGACCCCCAACAGCCACACUCACGCCCACACCCACGGCAACUCCCUCGCCUCCAUGACGAGCCGGCCGCCCGAUCUACGGCUAGGCAUGGGCCUGCCCCUGAGCCGGGUCUACGCCGAGUAUUGGGCCGGCAGCCUCGAACUGCAUAGUCUCGAGGGCUACGGCGUGGACGCCUUUCUUCAGAUUUCCAAGCUGGGCAACAAAAACGAGCAGUUGACGACCAGGGCCACGAUGGAUGCAGUAUAAGUGUUAGAAACGAUCUCUCAAGACACGGGGUGCAAAGGCGGCGCAAAUGUAACGAUACCAUACCGGCGACACACAAUAGGACUUCCUUUUUUUUCUGGGGACAGGAGCACACACACAUACACACACAUCAUCUACAUAGGUAGCAUUUUGUUACAGACACACACAUGAAACAAUUGGGAUUAUAAGGUAGACGCCUUUCUCAUUAAUUUUGGUAUCAUGAAAAGGUGAGCUGGAUUACAUUGUGACUAAGAAACAGUUGGGGGGAUAACUAAACGGGAAAAAAGGGGGUAACAGGUUCUUGGAAAGAAGAGAGCUCCCAAUGUAACGUCCAUCUCAUACCAUACCCAGAGGGCACGUUUUGUGUUUUUCUUC